AUGAGUCGACCUAGCACAGCCUCCAGUAGCAAAGACUCGCUUGGAAUCGUACCGUUUGGAUUUCAUGCGAAGACUUCGUUUGACGCAGAUGAUGGUUUACGUUUACGCAGAAGCUUGACGUAUGCAGUUAAAGAACGACCAAAGGACAAUAACAUUUGGAGGCGGCCACCACCGGAUUUCCGUUACGAAGUCUUCGACCCGAAUCCGCCGAAACGCAACACAGUAGAUUCCAUGAAGCCUUGGAACUAUGGUACUAUUCCAUGCCAACGGGAAAUAUACACCAGAGAAAAACGGACACUAUUACCGCUAAUUCUAAACAGACACCAUUCAGACGAAAAGGAGAAUUUCAAGUUAAGGUUUCGCAUUGAUCGCCCGUUUACUGCGAAGAAAAAGUUUGUACGAGAAGGAAUGAAUGUGCCUGGUGAAUAUGAAACACCCAAACCAUUCGAUUUCAGAGACUAUCCGUCAUUAAAAUCACUUGGUUUAGAUGAAAUGGAUUUAGCUGAAGAACGGGAUCCCUACAACAUCAAAUUUUAUUCUCAGCGACUUAACGUCAUAAGAGGACUAACUGCAUCAGAAGCCGAGUUUUUAUCAGCCGAAUUCCCCGAAAUGGCGCCUCCUCUACAACGCCAGCCUCGUUAUGAUCCUAGUUUGAUACUCGAGAGGGGGACAUAUCCACCUCGUGACCCCGUGUUUACGAGACAUCGACGGAGAAAUCGCCAAGCCCACAGUGCAUUUAUGGAACGAGUUGAAAAAGAUUUAACAACCAAAUGGAAUAAAGAAAAACUUGAUAAAUUGAUCCAAGAGCAGUCUUCUUGACAUGUACCUUCCUUUUUUUAACUUCAUCUGCGCGCUUUUAGAGGAUGGAGGACCGACCACGAACCGAUCGGAAGUACAUAUAAAUAUGCACUUUCACUGUGUUAAGUGUGUUCAAGAGAUACUGCCUCUUAGAAUGCACAUAAAAUGAAACUUUGGAAAUUUGGUCGAUAAGAGUAUAUUUUCAUCAGUGGGCUUACCUGGUGUCUGAAAUAAACAGAAUACCUCUAUAAUCCGAUAAGCCCAUUUAACAACGUAACUUUUGAAAGCGUUUUGUCAAAUUCCUUAUAGCAGGAUCAUUCUUGCCAUCUAUGAAGUUCCGUGUACAUAUAUUAAUUACUGUUACAAACCUGUCAUUCAACGCAUCCUUCAGCCCAGUUGUACAGCUUUGAGGCUUUAGAGCUUUAGACCUAUUUCAGUCAGGUUACAAGCCGAAUUCAAUCCAAUUCAAUCAAUAUAGUUACAGUAGCUGGGUAGCUCUAAAGAUGGAUAUAUACUCUUAAUGGCCAUCUUAAGGUAGCCUUAUAUGCCUUUUAGAAAAAAAGACUAAAUGUCUACAUUUGCAUUUAUUUUUGUGUUUGUAAAAUAUAUUGUUAAAUAAAUAACAUUAUUCUUAUGACUUU